UAUUUGUAUAAUAAAAAAAAAAUCUAAUUUAAGUGUCAUCUUCACUCUUUGUGCUCCUGCCAAAGUCCAUGUAUUUGUAAUUUACAUUGUAAUUCUAUGAACUUUGUGGAAAAUGGCUUCAACAAGAUUCCAAAUUCACAAAAGGUUUCUGCUGGCUAUUCUAAUUAUUUGCCUCAAGUAUGUUGAUGUGACUGAAGUAUGCAGAGUUGAUGACAAAGACCCAUCUUCAACCACUUGCAAAUUCACUCUUGUGGAAAGCAUACCAGAGAAUCUGACCUAUGCACCAAGUGACCCUAUACUCAUGUCAACAUAUGAAGCCCACAAGAGGCUACUUCUGAAGGCAAAGAAAAGUAUUCACCUGUCUACAUUUUACUGGACUCUGCUGUCAAACGAUACAAGUGUCUAUGAUAACAGUAGUAGUCAGGGUGAAGAUAUCUACAGGAUCUUGACUGACAUUGUGAAAGGCCAAAUUGUGAAAGUGAAAAUAGCGCAAAACAACACCAAUGCAGACACUGAUAAUCUUGCUGCUUUUGGAGCAGAAGUCAGGACCUUGAACUUCACUGCCCUGGUUGGCGCUGGUGUCCUACACACCAAGAUGUGGAUUGUUGACCAGCAACACGUGUACAUUGGCAGUGGCAACUUUGAUUGGCGUUCCUACACUCAGACAAAAGAGACAGGCGUGUUAAUAGAGGACUGCCCAGAGCUAGGAGAGGAUGCUGAUAAAAUUUUUCAGGUUUACUGGAUGCUGGGAACACUUAAAGUGAUUCCCUACCCUUGGCCAGAUAAUUUUUUGACCAAAAUCAACAUGACGACCCCGCUGGAGGUCAACUAUAAUUCAAGCAAAGGUGGCGUCUAUAUCACCAGCUCACCACCACCAUUUUGCCCAGUAGGCCGCACAUAUGACAUUGACGGCAUCAUCAAUGUCAUCAGAUCUGCUAAGAAGUUUAUUUAUAUUUCUGUCAUGGAUUACCUACCUUUGUUUGUCUAUUUAAACCCAGAAAUCUACUGGCCUGUGAUAGACAAUGAGCUGAAGAGAGCUGCCAUUGACAGAAAGGUCGAAGUUCGUCUAUUGGCCAGCCACUGGAGACACACCAGCCCAGAGAUGUACACGUUUCUGUCAUCCUUGUCCAUUUUGAGCCACGCAAGGAAUCUUAACAUAAAACUAUACGUGAAACUAUUCACUGUACCUGCUUACACAGACAUUCAGGAACAAAUUCCUUUUGCUCGGGUCAGCCACAGUAAAUACAUGGUCACAGACAAGCAUGCAUACAUUGGUACAUCCAACUGGUCAGGUGACUACUUCAAGUACACAGGGGGUGUGGCUUUUGUCCUGAAGGAUGAAGAUUGUUCUGGAACCCCCGGCAGCUUGAGGCAACAGUUACAAGAUGUGUUCGUCAGAGAUUGGCAGUCCAACUAUACCAAGCCUGUCUUUGGUUAACUACGAAUGGACAGAUUUAUGAAGUUUAUAUAAAUAGGCUGAUCUAGUCUAUUUAUUUUUUAUAAAGGCCUAUAAUCCUAUUGGAUAAAAGUUCCAAACUAUGAAGGUUUACUACUGAGGUGUAAUUGGCAUAAUUAAUUAAGAUUGUAACGACUUUAAUCUCCACAGUACACCUGAAUAAUUUCUAACUUGUAAACCCGUCUGUUUUUCAUUUUAUUGAAUUCCUUUUUGUGAUUCACAUGUUUAACUUCCACUUUCCAAGGGCAGCUACUCUAUUCACUUGUUAUUGUUCAAAGACAAUUUGGUCACACUUUACCUUGUAUGACUUAGCCAAAGAAAAAAGACAAACUGGAUUUAGUCAUCUAUAUUAUCAAUUUGAUUUAGAUGUUAUAGGAAACUUUUGACAAUCAGGGUAUACUCUAUGAUAUCUGUCAUUAACAAAACAAUCCUCACAUUAGUUCUGUCUCUAGUCUUAAAGUCUUUCUAUUUCAGUCUGUCAUUAUAAUAAAAUGACUUUUCACUCUAAUCAUUUCUGCAUUGUGUUACCAGCAGUGUUUCUUCCAGACUUUU